AUCCUCGCCGCCCUCCUUGUCGCCGACGACGGCUCCGGCAGACCCAUGUUCACCGCCAGAGACGCUGUCAACUUCAUCGCCGAGAAGAACUCUGACCUCUUUGAGGUCAGGCACACCGGCGUUUUCAGGAGGAAGAAGAGGUACUCCGGGAAGAGCAUGGAGAAAGUUCUGGAGGCCGCGUUCAGGAGGGAGGACGGGAAGGUCCUGACGAUGAAGGAUACGUGUAAGCCCCUCCUGGUUCCUUGCUACGACCUCAACACCUCAGCUCCAUUCGUUUUCUCACGCGCCGGCGCGUCUGAGUCUCCGAGCUUCGACUUCGAGCUGUGGAAAGUGUGCCGGGCCACGUCGGCGACACCGAGCCUAUUCAAGCCGUUCAACGUGGUGUCGGUGGACGGGAAAACGAGCUGCUCGGCCGUGGACGGAGGGCUGGUGAUGAACAACCCGACGGCAGCGGCGGUGACGCACGUGCUGCACAACAAGGGAGACUUCCCGACAGUAAACGGCGUGGAGGACCUGCUGGUGCUGUCGUUAGGAAACGGGUCGGCGAGCUCGUAUAAAGGGAGAAACGGAGAGUGUUCGACGUCAUGUGUGGUGGAGAUAGUGCUAGACGGCGUUUCCGAUACAGUGGAUCAGAUGCUCGGGAACGCUUUCUGUUGGAACCGUGCGGAUUACGUCAGAAUCCAGGCGAACGGUUUGAGGAGGAGCGGCGGCGGAGAGGAGGAGGAGGAGGAGUUGGAGUUGCUGAAAGAGAGAGGUAUUGAAACGGCGCCGUUUGGAGUGAAAAGGUUACUAACGGAGAGUAACGGAGAAAGAAUCGAGGGUUUCGUGCAACGUCUUCUUGUUGCUUCGGGAAAGUCAAGUCUCCCUCCUAGUCCUUGCAAGGAUUCUGCCGUUAACCCUCUCGCUGACGGCCGUUAAACUUAAUUGUUUUUUUUUAUUUCUUUUUCUUUUUUUAAAUAUGAAAAAAAAUCUUAUAUAACCCUCCGUCCGUGUGAUGAUGAUGAUGUUUAGUACUAGUAAUCAAACCCCCAAACUCCAAGGGUUAAGUU